CGACCGAGCAGGCGGGCCCUGGGCUCCCGCAGCUGGGAUGGAGCAGAAGUGCGCCUGGCGCCGCAGGGCACACAGCUGACUCUGCGCACCACCUCCGCUUCGCUUUGCGCCGCCAGACACCAAAGCUGCCACAGAAACUGCCUGGACUGAUCACUCCGGGCCAUCAGCACCUCUCCGCUCCUCCCGCAGCCCACCAGGCGGAAGAGGAGCUGCUGGUGCCAGAAGCACUUGGUCAGCCCCAGGAAACUUCCCUAGCCGUAUCCAGCUCGGGUGUUGAGCACCGAAGUAACAUGGUUUGCAAGGCGCUCAUCGCUCUCUGCAUCUUCACCGCAGGACUGAGGGUACAGGGUUCAUCAACAUCAGCUCCCUCACCUGUUACUCUUAUGACAAAAAUUACCCCACCUACGGCCACCUGGACUACCUCUGCACAGAGCACUGCUAUGGCCACCACCCCUGUGGCCAGUGGCACACACAAUGCCUCAGUUCUCCACACCACUGCUGCAUCCCUGACAUCUCAGCUCCCCGAGAAUAUUUCCGCUGACUCCAGAGAAAAGGCUGGAGCCACCAGCCCAGCUCUGAAGAAAGAUGGCAAAAGCACAGACCCCUCACCUACCGAGCUCUCCUCAACAAGCAGUGAGGUCCACAUGACACCCACACCCGAGGAACACAGUCUUGGCAAUCCUGAAGCAAGUGUGCCAGCGACUGGGUCACACUCACCCGUGCUCACGUCGUCUCGGGCUCCAACCGCCACAUCCCGGGCAACUUCCCCACUUACGUCUCUUUCUGCCUCCAUUACCUCUAACCACAGCUCUACUGUGCCCAACACCCAGCCCACAGACGCUCCAAUGGCACCUUCGUCCCCAGCAGAGGGACACAGCUCCAGUCACACACCCACUUCCCAUGUCACAGCAGAGCCGGAGCCCAAGGAGAAAUCACCCCAAGAUGCUGAGCCUGGCAAAGUGACCUGUGAGUCUGAGACCACCACCCCCUUCCUCGUCAUGCAAGAAGUGGAGAAUGCCUUAAGUUCAGGCAGCAUUGCCGCCAUCACUGUGACAGUCAUCGCCGUGGUGCUGCUGGUGUUUGGGGCUGCAGCAUAUCUAAAGAUCAGGCAUUCCUCCUAUGGAAGGCUGCUGGAUGACCAUGACUACGGGUCCUGGGGAAACUACAACAACCCGCUCUACGAUGACUCUUAACAAAGGAAGGUGGCUGGGGACAAAAACCAACUGUCCUUUAUUUAUAAGUGCUUAUCCAGUAGAAUUCGUAACAAGCACCUGAUGCGCACUGAAUGACAAUCACAAGCCCUGUUUUGUUGGUAUGGUCGUUUUGUUUUCCUCUCUCCCCUCCGGCUGCUGCUACUACAGCGUCCCCCUUUUGGUACAAAAGAACCAUUGCAUAAGGGCCCCGUGGAGUCUUUAUUUGCAGCCUACA